UCGGCAGCGUCUGCGCAGGCGCACGCCGGCCGCUGAUGCAACCCUGGAUGAUGACCUGUGGGAGGAGGCUGUGCUGGUAGCGGGAAGGUGAGAGGAUCAUUCAUCGUUGGAUCGCUCGGUUGUGCUGUACAGGGUCAUCAUUGGAAGUAUUCAACAACAUGGGGGAAAAGAAAGAUGUUCAGGAGAAAAUCAAUCUUAUCACAAGAAACUUGCAGGAAGUCUUGGGUGAGGAUAAGUUGCAUUCCAUUCUGCAAGAACGCAACUUGAAUGUAUACUGGGGAACAGCUACGACUGGAAAACCUCACAUAGCAUACUUCGUGCCAAUGUCAAAGAUUGCUGACUUCCUGAAAGCUGGGUGUGAGGUAACUAUUUUAUUUGCUGAUUUGCAUGCUUAUUUGGACAACAUGAAAGCUCCCUGGGAACUUCUCCAGUUGAGAACACAGUACUAUGAACAUAUCAUAAAAGCCAUGCUGGAAAGUAUAGGUGUACCAACAGAAAAGCUCAAGUUUGUGAGAGGAACAGAUUUUCAGUUAAGCAGGGAAUACACUUUGGAUGUCUACAGGUUGUCCUCUGUAGUGACUCAACAUGAUGCCAAAAAGGCUGGUGCUGAAGUUGUUAAACAAGUGGAGCAUCCACUUCUCAGUGGUCUACUAUACCCUGGGUUACAGGCCUUGGAUGAAGAAUAUCUGAAGGUUGACGCACAAUUUGGUGGUAUUGAUCAGAGGAAAAUAUUCACAUUUGCAGAAAAGUGCCUUCCAGCUCUUGGGUUUGCCAAGCGUAUUCAUUUAAUGAACCCUAUGGUCCCAGGUCUGACUGGAGGAAAAAUGAGCUCAUCUGAAGAGGAAUCCAAAAUUGAUUUGCUGGACAAAAGGGAAGAUGUAAAAAAGAAGAUGAAAAGAGCAUUCUGUGAACCUGGCAAUGUGGAGAACAAUGGCAUUUUGUCAUUUGUAAGGCAUGUCUUGUUUCCAUUGCACGAAGAUUUUGUAAUUUUGAGAGAUGAAAAGUUUGGUGGCAACAAGACCUAUUUAGAAUAUAGCAAACUUGAAAAUGACUUCCGUGAUCAGACUAUUCACCCUGGAGAUCUAAAGAGUUCUGUGGAGGUUGUGUUAAAUAAUCUCUUGGACCCGAUCAGGAAGAAAUUUCAAACACCUGAGAUGCAGCAACUAAUCAAAGAAGCUUAUCCCACACCUAAGAAACAACCAAAGGGAACUACCAAAGGACCAGCUUCUGAGAAUUAUGAAGUUAUACCUUCCAGGCUUGAUAUUCGAGUCGGCAGGAUCGUCGGUGUGGAGAAUCAUCCUGAUGCAGAGAGUCUGUACGUGGAGCAAGUGGACAUUGGAGAAGCACAGCUACGAACAGUUGUCAGUGGGUUAGUGCCGUACGUCGCUGCUGAGGAUCUCCUGAAUCGGAACGUUGUCAUGUUGUGUAAUCUGAAGCCACAGAAGAUGCGAGGAAUUGAAUCUCAAGCCAUGUUGCUUUGUGCAUCCAUAGAGGGGGAGAAGCGUAAAGUGGAGCCUUUAAAUCCUCCAGAAGGCUCUGAACCAGGAGAGCGGGUGUUCAUAGAGGGAUUUGAAAACGGCCCAGCAGAUGAUGAACUGAAACCAAAGAAAAAAAUAUUUGAAAAGUUACAGGUUGAUUUCAAGAUUUCAGACGACUGCACAGCCCAGUGGCAACAGAAGAACUUUAUGACGAAACUUGGUGCUGUUACAUGUAAAUCUUUAAAAGGCGGAAGUAUAAGUUAAUGAAUAACUCCUGCUUGGAAAUACAAGGAUUGCUUUUCUUCUGCAUUCAGGCUUCAGCUCCAGUCCUUUACAGUAAGGAUGUCAUCGCAGUCUCUCAGUGAGUUGAGACUCGGGUUGUAUCAUCUUUCAAUAGUGGUGAAAUAUCAAGGAAUUUAACAAUGGUUCUUAAUCUUGGAACAAUCUCAUGAAUAGUAUCUAACGUACCAAUGAUCAAUGUGUACAAUGCAUUUGUUGCCAAUGUGACAUUCUUGCUUGAUUACUGGAAAUUAUUUUGGGCGUUUUCACUGUCACGGUAAUUCUCUUUGCUUGUAUCUAAGUUGGGAUAUUUAUUCUUCUUGCGUAUGGCGUGCACAACCUAAAGUUGUAGGACAACUUGUUCUAUUUGAUUGUGCACGCCAAGUUGAUUGCAUUCAUCAAAACAGGGCGGACAACGCGAAGGUUACAACCUCCCACCCCGUUGGGAUAUUUGAAAGCAUGUUAAUCUUACACUUGACUGAUGGGAUACUAAAGAUCCACUAUCUCCUUAAUUUAUCCUGAUGAAGUGGAAAGAGCACAGCAUCUCACAAACUAAAUCCCCUGCCCUGCAGACCAUCAGCAUCUCCUGCCCCAUCUUUGGAAAAGUCUGUGCUUUCCACAUUGAUGCUGUUAGCCACCUGUAAACCCUCAAAACAAAGCUGAAACAAGUCAUCCUAGAUCUAGAAGAACUAGCAAGAAUGCUUUCAUUAAAACCCACUUUAAAAACAAAAAAGGGUCAUUAAUUUAA